UCAGUUCCAGAACGUUCUGAGACAGUUUUCCCUGGACAUUCUAAAUACAUCAAGGUCCUGUGCUAUCUAGGAAAGUCCCUUAAUUUUGAAACCUCGACACUUAAUUAAUUCCAGCACGUACGCUUAUACGCUUUAUCGUCCGUAUCAUUUCAAAAUGAAUUAGUAUAGCUUCUACGUAAUAUAUAGGUAUAUAGAUAUUUCGUAUCUUUUCAUUAUACAUAUACGUAUAAAUAGUAAUCUUGAUUAUCGCUGCGAUACCACAUUCGGUACGAUAGUGUCGCUGUUUACGAGAUAUAAUGUGAUCAUCGAGCCCUCCCACGUAACAUAUACGGCAAAAUCUUAUCUGUUACAGUGAAUUACCGAGUCACAUAACGUCAGCUAUUUAGUAGAAUGCACUAGAGUGUACGGUGCGCACCGAGCCUUACAUCACGCGCGUGUAACUGGUUUAUUUCUUUUUUUUACGCUUUCUGAAAUGGCUGUUCAAGGUAAUAACUUUGUUAAUGCACACUAUUUACAGAAUAUAGAUAGAAAAGAUUGUAAAGUGAAGAAUUCCGAUACAGUUUGCGCAAACGGAAUGGAAAAUCAUGAUAGCGACGCGUCGCGGAAAGACUCGACGGAGUUUCUCGUCAAAUAUCGCGAUCGUGUUUAUAAUAUUUAUAACUUCCUAAAUUAUCACCCCGGAGGAAAAAACACGCUAGCACGUCUCAAGGACCAAGUGUUGGAUGGGGAGUUAGCAAAAAAUCCUCAUUCAAAGUCCGCCUACUACCUUCUCGAGGAAUUUGCUGUGCAACAUCAAGAGAGAUAUAACGAAUGUGAAAAUCUGAUAAACUGGAAUAAGCCGAUCUUAUGGCAAGUGGGCAAUAUGGGCGAUCGAUACUGGGAAUGGGUCAAUCUGCCGUUAAACAGACCCAUUCGAUACUUCCAGUCAGAUAUUUUGGAGACCCUGUCGAUUUCGCCAUGGUAUUUCUUGCCGAUUGUCUGGAUACCGAUAGUUACGUAUCUCCUUUAUAUAGGCUGCUCCUUGAAUGUUUCCGCAAAUAUCGCGAUUACAGCGCAAAAUAUUGUACCGCCCCUCGUUCUGGGGCUUAUUGUGUGGACCAUUGUGGAAUAUUUCGUUCACCGAAAAUUAUUUCAUUUUGAACCACCGCACAAUUCGAAAUUGUUAAUUACCUUGCACUUCUUGUUCCAUGGAAGCCAUCACAAGGCACCACUGGACGAACGAAGACUAGUAUUCCCACCGACAUUCAGUUUAUUUGUCGCGGCAUGUGCUUGGAAAAUUUACAAGACCAUAUUUCCUCUGACGGUGGUUCAUCUUGUCGCCGCUGGUACUAUAAUAGGCUACUUGUGUUACGAUUUAAUGCAUUAUUACUUGCAUAAUGGAGCACCGAUCGCAGGAUCGUAUCUAUAUACGAUGAAACGAAGACACAAUUAUCAUCAUUUUGUACAUCAUGAUCAAGGAUUUGGCGUCACUAGCGGAUUGUGGGAUCGAAUACUUAACACGGAUCUAACUCUGCGCAAAUUAAACGAACCUUUAAAGUGGUAAAAUGGUGGCUCGAAGUCAAAACACGACAUUUCUACAUGUAUCGAUAGUAUUAACUUGUUUAAUAUUUUUUAUUGUAUAAUAAUUUAUUAUUGGUAUAAUCACAAUUGUAAUGCUAAGAAUUAAAAUUUCAUUAUUUUAACAGUA